CUCUCGGAAACGCAGGGCGUGGAGAGGCUCACAGCGCAUGCGCAGCACGCUCUCUGGGGACCUGGACCUGGACCCGGACCCGGAUGAGUAUCGGUCAGAUAGCAUUGCCAUAUGAAGUUGAACAUGGCAGAAGAAGAGGACUAUAUGUCUGAUUCCUUCAUUAAUGUCCAAGAAGAUAUCAGACCAGGAUUGCCAAUGCUGAGGCAGAUCCGAGAAGCCCGUCGAAAAGAAGAAAAGCAGCAGGAAGCUAAUUUGAAAAAUAGACAGAAGAGUUUAAAAGAAGAGGAAAAAGAAAGACGAGACACUGGGUUGAAAAAUGCACUAGGCUGUGAAAACAAAGGGUUUGCUUUGCUCCAAAAGAUGGGCUAUAAAAGUGGUCAAGCUCUUGGCAAGAGUGGAGAUGGUAUUAUUGAACCAAUUCCUCUUAACGUCAAAACAGGGAAAAGUGGCAUUGGUCACGAGACGUUAUUAAAACGGAAAGCAGAAGAAAAAUUAGAAAGCUACAGAAGAAAGAUACACAUGAAAAACCAAGAUGAAGAAAAAGCUGCAGUACAGUUUCGGAUGCGACUUAAAAACAAGCAAGAUGAAAUAAAACUUGAAGGAGAUCUCAAAAGAAGCCAGCGAGCCUGUCAACAGUUGGAUACUCAGAAGAAUAUUCAGAUUCCCAGAGAGGCAUGGUACUGGUUGAAACCUGAAGAAGAAACUGAAGAAGAGGAAGAAGAAAAAGAAGAGGAUGAAGAUGAAUAUAGCAGUGAAGAUUUAAGUGUACUGGAAAAACUACAGAUACUGACUAGUUACCUAAGGGAAGAACAUCUGUAUUGUAUUUGGUGUGGAACAGCCUAUGAAGAUGAAGACGAUCUAUCUUCAAAUUGCCCAGGACCAACUUCGGCAGAUCAUGACUAAGAUUAUUCAUAAUAAAGUAAGAAUUGUUUAUUCCAGUAAGGAAAAAGGACCUUCAUAUGAUGCUUUAUUCUUUUUGUACUUUACAAUUACUUUGUACUUUAGAAUAUCACUGUUUGCUGACCUGAAAAAAAUAACACAAUUCUACUUCAGAACACAAAUAUGAAGAUUUGGACAGUUACAAUUUGUGACUGUAUUGUGAUGCUUGUGGGAUUGACCGAGGACCCCAACAGGUAAUACUCAUCCUCACUUUAGAACAAAUUGAAAAAUAAAACACAAAAGGGAAAUCAGAAUGUCAGCCUUAUUAGUGGUGAAGCAGAAAUAGAAAAAAAGGUUGGCUUCUUCUCUGCUCAGACUCCCUAAUACUUCUUGCUGAUUACAGAGCAUAACAGGCUCCUUGCCUUGUAGGGUAAAAGCCUAUUUUAUGUUCUGAGGCCAUUUAGCCCUCAAGAGUAGUGAACUGACCAGGGCUGGACUACAUCUGCUUGAUUCUUUGUCCCAGUAUCAUCUGUCAAAUAAGAUAGUUCUCUUGCUUAGGUGUGAUGCUGCAUGCCUAUAAUCCCAUCGCUCGAAGCUGAGGCAGAAGGAUUUCAAGUAUACACAAGAAAAUAGCAAUAGCUGACCUACGUUUGCAUAGGUUAAGAAAAUCAAUACUGCAACUUGUAUUAAUCACUAACCUAAUAAGAUCUGAUUCACUUGUUCUCAAAUAUAAAUUGGGGAGCUUUAAAAAAUAGUAGUAUAAGGUCCUGCUCUGAAGGAUUCUGAGGUAAUUGGUCACUGUGUUUUGGGCAUCAGGAUCAUGGAUUCUAAGACUCAGCAGAACUUUAGAACCACUAAUCAGGUUAACUUCUAAGCCUCAGUUCUUCAUCUAGGAAACUAAUUACUUUUGUUACUAUGAAUAUAUAUAUAUUUGAGUAUAUAGUUGAAUG